AUGGGUCUAUCACCUUAUCAGCUAGUCUAUGGGAAAGCAUGUCAUUUGACAGUGGAGAUGGAGCAUAAAGCUUUGUGGGCUCUUAAAUUUUUGAAUUUUGAUCCUUCUGAAACUCAACACAAGCGCAGAAGGCAGAUGCUGGAGCUUGAAGAGAUGCAGUUGCAUUUGAAGUCAAAAUGGUCAGGACCAUUCAUAGUGAAAAGUGUGCGUCCACAUGGAGCAAUUGAAUUGGUUGAUCCAGUUGCUAGUGAUCCACAGAGAAGCUGGGUAGUGAAUGGUCAACGUCUCAAGCAUUAUCUUGGAUGA